AUGUUCCGCAACCAAUACGACACCGACGUGACGACCUGGAGCCCGGCCGGCCGCUUAUUCCAAGUCGAAUACGCAAUGGAGGCGGUGAAACAAGGCUCCGCCGCAAUCGGUCUCCGAUCCAAGUCUCACGUGGUUCUGGCCUGCGUUAACAAGUCUAAUUCCGAGCUCUCUUCUCAUCAGAAGAAGAUCUUCAAGGCCGACGAUCAUAUCGGCGUGGCUAUCGCGGGCCUCACUGCUGAUGGACGCGUGUUGUCUCGGUAUAUGAGAUCUGAAUGUAUCAAUUAUAGUUACUCUUAUGAGUCUCCUCUCCCUGUUGGUCGCCUCGUUGUUCAGCUCGCCGAUAAGGCUCAGGUAUAA